GAUAAAUAAAGUUGCAAUCUUUAAAAAUUAAAUAAAAAUGACAACCCUUUAACAAUGGCUUAUUCUGCGCCCCACCGCGUAUUAUAAGAUCUUCACUCUCUUCUUCUCUUCUCUUCUCUUUCCACCUUUCAUACAAUAAACGCGCUCUAUCACUCUGUUUAUCCCUCUUUUCCUCUUUUUCUCUCUCCUCUUUGAGCAACACUAUCUUCACUCUCAUACUUUUUUAGCAAUUUCUAACAUACCCGAAUCAAAUUCUAGAUUCUAUAUCAAAUACCCACAUAAUUUAUACUUGCAAGAUAUAUAUUUUUUUUUUGUUUAAGUGGAUCUGAUUCAUAAGUGCAUCAAACUAUUCAAUUGGUUAAUGUGGUAAACUUGUAUCAUCUACAUACAUUGGAAUAUAUAUAUUUACUGUAAACAGAAAGAAGUCAUGUCAAGGAGACCUGUAAAUCCUACUCGCCGUUUGGUGGGCAAUGGAGGGUUUCCGCUAGCAGGAGCGUUCCCAUCAAAGACACGCUCAUCUCCCUUGGUUUCGGUUACCCUUGUGGCACUGGGUGUAUUCCUUAUUGUUGGGUAUCUAUACAGUGGCUCAGGUAAAAAAGACAUUGUUAGCAGAAUUGAAGGCGAGUUUUCUGGAACACAAGAACUUCAGAAGGCAAUACCUCUUCUGAAGAAAGCUUACAGUGAUGGCAUGCACAAGGUUUUGCAUGUUGGGCCUGAUACUUGUUCCGUGGUCUCUAAGCUGUUAAAAGAAGAGGAUACUGAGGCAUGGGGUGUGGAACCAUAUGACCUAGAGGAUGCUGAUUCAAACUGCAAAAGUCUUGUGCGAAAGGGCAUUGUGCGUGUUGCUGAUAUCAAAUUCCCAUUGCCAUACAGAUCACAAUCAUUUUCAUUGGUUAUUGUCUCAGAUGCGUUAGAUUACCUCUCACCAAAGUAUCUGAACAAAACUCUUCCAGAAUUAGCAAGAGUGGCUUCUGAUAGCAUAGUGAUAUUCACUGGUUUUCCUGGUCAGCAGAGAGCCAGAGUUACAGAGUUGUCCAAAUUCGGACGCCCGGCUAAAAUGCGCAGUCAGUCAUGGUGGGGGAGGUUUUUUGUUCAGAUUGGAUUGGAGGUAAACGAAGCUGCUGCCAAAAAGUUUGAUCAAGCUAGCAUCAAAGAGUCAUACAAGCCAAGCUGCCAAGUUUUCCACCUGAAAUCGUUCCAUUAACAUUGCAAGGGCUUCAGCCUUUUUAGGUGCUUGAUGCAUAUUAAUAGAAAGGGUGCUUCAACAGAGUAUACACCUGAUGUUGUGUAGUGCUAGUUUGGUGUAGGAUACGUUGAUUCAAAAUCACUUUUUGUUGUGUUAUCAAAUGUUUUACAAAUCCAUACAUUCAAUAUUUAUUAAUCAAAGUGCGGAAAUUAUUUAUUUAA